UUUUCUUAUUAUACUCUAUCCACACCAUGACUCUGUGUGUAAUCAGAUCAAAUCGAAGCCUCGUUAAGCCGGCUGAAAAAACACCAUUUGGAAUAUUAGAACUAUCAGCCAUCGAUAGAAUUCCAGUUCUAAGAUGCAAUGCUCGAACGUUACAUGUGUUUAGACAUGGCCCUGAAGCAGCUCAAGUGAUAAGAGGAGCUUUGUCCAGGGCAUUGGUUCCUUACUAUCCGCUUGCAGGAAGGCUAAAGGAGUCGAGCCAAGGUCUACUUCAAAUUGAAUGUUGUGGAGAAGGAGCAUGGUUUGUUGAGGCAUCUGCUAGUUGUACCCUGGAUUCUGUCAAUUACUACAAUGAUGUUUCAUCCAUCCCGUAUGAUGAACUACUUUCUGAUUCUGUUCCAAAAACCGAGGGCAUGGAACCACUUGUUCAAAUGCAGGUGACACAAUUCGCAUGUGGUGGGUUUGUGAUUGGUCUCACAUUCUGCCAUGCUAUAUGUGAUGGCCUAGGAGCUGCACAAUUCCUAAAUGCUGUUGGGGAGAUGGCAAGAGGCCUUGAGCAUCCCAGCAUAGCACCCGUGUGGCACAGGGAUUUUUCUCCAUCACAACCUCAGCUAGAAGAUGCCACUCAAUUGCCAAAUUUACCACCACCAAUGCCAAGUUACCGGCUAGAGCAUGCCAACAUAGACAUUUCCAUGAAUCACAUCAACCAGCUGAAGCGUCAAUUUCAUGAGUCAACAGGCCUAACUUGCUCUGCCUUCGAAGUUGUAGCUGCCACUUUUUGGAGACAUAGAACACGAGCAAUAAACUUUGAGAAGAAAACUGAAGUGAAGCUUGUUUUCUUUGCAAAUUGCCGCCAACUCUUGGACCCUCCUUUGCCUAGAGGUUUCUACGGCAAUUGUUUCUUCCCCGUGACUAUUACAAAUUCAAGUGAAUGGCUUGCACAAGCAACAAAUGUUGAUGUGGUAAAACUGAUUCAAGAAGCAAAGACUAAGCUACCUUUUGAGUUUGUUAAAAAUAUGAAUGGAGAUUAUACAAGGAACGGUGAGGACCCAUUUGCACCACCACUAAGUUACACCACAUUGUUUAUAUCAGAGUGGGGUCGACUUGGAUUCAAUCAGAUUGACUAUGGAUGGGGACCACCUGUACACGUGGUACCAAUUCAAGGCUCUAGCGUCAUACCUGUUGGGAUAGUGGGGUCACUGCCUUUGCCUGAUAUGGGCAUCCGUUUGAUGACGUGGAGCGUUGAAGAGGCCCAUCUCCAGCCCUUCAUCCACCUCAUGACCACACCGAUUUGAUUGUAUUUUUAAUUUACUUUCUUUUUAAUUGUUGGUUUGAUAUUAUGAAUUACAAUAACUACCAUCUUCAUCAAGAGAGUCGAAAUGUAAUAAACAAGUGCCAAUUAACAAAUAAUUUCUGAGUUUUUCUGACUGGUUCA